AAAACAACACUUGCUAUAAUUUCAACAACUCCUCUCCAUUGCUCCAACUCGAUCUAAUCCCAAAUCAAUCGAUAAAUAAAAAAAGAAAGCAGACAGCAUGAGAUAUUCAAAAAGAGUUUGUGAAUUCUCCCUUAUUUUUCUUGUUCUUGCUUUGGCAAGAGCUCAAGAAGUUGAUGAUGAAAGAGAGUUCAGUUACGACGAAAAGAGUGGGAUGGGGCCGUCGCGGUGGGGAGAGAUCCGCCCCGAAUGGAAGGACUGUAAAUCAGGGGAAAUGCAGUCUCCUAUUGAUUUGCUGAAUCAAAGGGUUCGAAUUGUUUCCCAUUUGGGCAGACUGCGCAGAACUUACAAACCUGCCAAUGCUACUCUCAUCAACAGAGGCCAUGAUAUGAUGUUAAGAUGGACAAACGAUGCUGGCCAUAUCCAUAUAAAUGGAACCAUAUUUCACCUUAGGCAAUGCCAUUGGCACUCGCCUUCCGAGCACACUCUCGACGGAAGAAAGUUCGACAUGGAAGUUCAUUUGGUUCACGAGAGCGACGACGGGCGUACGGCUGUGAUCGGAAUCAUGUACAAAAUUGGACGCCCCGACUCUUUCAUAUCACUGUUGAAACCGGGGUUUAAAGCUUUGGGUGAAACGGAAGAUAUCGAAAAAGCUAUUGGUACGAUUGAUCCAGACUUGAUCAAAUUCGGGAGUAGAAAAUAUUAUAGAUACAUCGGUUCUCUUACAGUCCCACCUUGCACUCAAAAUAUCAUCUGGUCAAUUGUAAGAAAGGUGAGGACUGUGACAAAAGAACAAGUUAGUUUGAUACGCGAGGCUGUGCACGAUACAUUGGAAAUAAAUGCGAGGCCAAUCCAACCUACAAAUGGGCGUUCCAUGGAGCUCUACAGACCAAACGAUCCUAAGAAUUGAUUAUGCAUUGAACGAGAAUUACAUUUGUCGAGUAUCGGAUUUAAUUUAUUUUAUUUAAUUUUUACAGUUACGAUAUUUUGUGUUCCUUUGUUUAUUUACCAUGUAUUGUAUACACACAGGGCUGGUUUUUGUUGUGUUCUAGCUAUUCAUUGUUUAUUCCUGAUAUAUACAUGUCAUAUAGUUUAUUUCAAUAAACACAUCAAUAAUUUUUAUUA